AUGACUAGGCACCACAAGCCCCAGAGGCGCCCGAAGGUCAGCAAGCGUGCAGGUGCCCAGUGCACCAACUGCCAGACAACCACCACGGCAGUGUGGCGGCUGAAUGCUGGUAGAGACCCCGUGUGCAAUGCCUGCGGCCUUUAUUACAAGCGACACCAGGUGAACCGACCACGGACCGUGCAGAAGGGUGGUAUAAAGUCUAGAAAACCAAGGCCAUCACAGAAAGAAAAGAAGCCAGUGUCGAGCCUGGGAGGCACAGGACCGGCUGAUGCUGUGGCUGGUGGCUUCAUGGUGGUGGCUGGGGGCAGCGAUGGUGGGAAUUGUGGGGAAGUGCCCUCAGGGUUGAGAUUGGGCCCACCUGAUACUGCCCAUCUCUACCAAGGCCCGGGCCCCGAGGUGCUGUCAGGGCCUGUCAGCCACCUCAUGCCUUCCCCCGGGCCCCUGUUGGGUUCACCCACAGGCGCCUUCCCCACAGGCCCCAUGCCUCCCACCACCAGCAGCACUGUGGAGGUGCCACUCAGCCCAUGA